GUUCCUGACAACAUCUCAGACCAGUUCUGAUAAUUUUCUUUAGAAUCAACACUCAAGACUUUACAACAACAAAAAUGGAUCCUUAUUAUCAUCUCGGUUGGGUUGAUUAUGUGGUCAUUGGAUUAACGCUUGUUAUUUCAACGGCUAUCGGCAUUACUUUUCAAUUUACUGGAAAUCGACAAAAAACUACAAGAGAAUAUUUACUGGCAGGGAAAAAUAUGUCCAUAUUUCCUGUUGUUAUGUCCAUCACUGUGACUAUGUUGUCUGCUGUCACAAUAAUAGGAACUCCAAUGGAAACAUACAGAUUUGGUCUGAAAUUCGCUCUUCUUUUAGUUCCAUUUUCAAUUGGGACAGUUUUAGCAGCACUGAUCAUCACCCCUGUUUAUUUCAACUGUAGAGUUUCGACGACCUAUGAGUUUCUUGAGAUACGCUAUGGCAAAACAACGAGAUACGCUGUGUCUGCUUUAUUUAUAUUACAAAUGGUCCUUUUCAUGUCUGUCGUAUUGUACGCGCCUGUUCUCGCUCUGAGUGCUGUUACAGACUUGUCUAUAGAAGCUUCCAUAAUUGUAUUUGGUUUAGUCUGUUCCUUCUACUGUGCUGUUGGUGGUUUGAAAGGUGUUCUGUGGACAGAUGUCUUUCAGUCAGCUCUGAUGUUCCUGUGUCUCGUAAUAGUGUACGUUUUCAGUGUCCAAGAAGCAGGUGGAGUUACAAAUGUAUAUAAAACAUCAUCAGAAGGUCAGAGACUAGACGUUUUCGAUUUCUCAGUGGAUUUUACAACGAGGUUCACAAUUUUGAAUAUAAUGGCCAAAGGCAUAGUUGGUUCUAUGGCAUUUUACGGCACGAGUCAAGUAGAGGUGCAGCGAUUAUUGAGUUUGAGCACAAUCAAGAGAGCUCAAUGGUCACUAUGUUGUAGUGUCAUUCCUGUUGCAGUGCUUUAUUUAAUGUGCAACAUGUUGGGCCUGGUCAUGUUUACGAUAUUCAAAGACUGCGAUCCAAUAUUAGAUAAAGCAAACACAGGAAUUGCAAAAUACGAUCAGGUAAUUCCUUACUACAUCGUUACGAGACUGCAUUCAAUACCAGGAUUAACUGGAUUGUGUAUUGCGGGAAUUUUCAGCGGAUCUCUCAGCACCAUUUCUUCAGCUCUCAACUCUCUGUCUACAGUGACUGUAAUAGACUUCAUCAAACCGAUGUGCAAGACUGAAAAGCUCAGCGAUACUCGAGUAGUAUAUAUAGCGAAAGCUUUAUCUAUUUUAUUUGGCAUACUAUGCAUUUGUUUUGCAUUUGCUGUUGCCAAGGUUGAUAGUCUGGUAGCAGUAAACAACGCCCUAAUAGGCAUAACUGAAGGCCCUAUGCUCGCUAUUUAUUUAGUAGGAAUACUUUCAAGGAAAGGUACUCAGAAAUGUAUACUCUUUGGACUCAUUGUGGGUUUUUCUAUGACUGGAUGGAUUGGUUACGGAAUCGUCUUUAGUGGUUAUCACUCACCUUCAUUGCCAGUUGAUUCAAGUGGUUGUUCGUCUCUCAAUUCAACUUCCAUCUUUCAAAACGUCACUUCUGCAUGCGACGGUUUAGAACAAUGUGCCGCAGAAGUUACACCAGUUAUCCCAGCUAAAAACGAUCCUUUCAUUUUGUAUAAAAUAUCAUUUAUGUGGAUUGCUCCCAUCGGGCUUUUCUUCACUUUGUGUGCCGUCUUCUUCGCAAUUUUAGUCACAGGGAGUUGGAGAUACAAUGUAAUCCCUGCUAAUUCAAAAUGUCUGAGUCCAAUAACAAAACUAUGGAUAAGAAGAACUCGGCUCCAUGAGCCGCCAGGAACACCAGAGGAACAAGCAGCUUUGACUACCAUGAACGGAUUUGAAAGAACUAUUGAAGUUGUCAAGAUAUAACAAAUGCUUUGGAUAUAUAUAAACUUUCAUUAUGAAGCUGAUAUCGAAGACUACCUUCCGUUCAAAUUGUCUAUAAAACUGAAAAAUAACUUCGAACACCUUCAUAUAUCUCAGACUUUGAGUUCCGAGCUAAGAUAAAUUAAUCGUGCACUUUUCCAAUAAUUUUCUUCAUUUUUGCCUUUUACAGAGAAUAUCUUUACACAACUUGACUUGUUCAUCUAACAAUUGACUUUUUUAUUCAACCUGGCCUGUUCUUAGUAAAGAUGGAAAUCUUAAUCGUUUUUUUUCAUACAUUCAUACAUUGCUUUAUGUACUAGAAGUUUGAAACAUACAGGUUGUUCGGAAAUAGACUGAAGAUUUUCAAAAAGGCAUAAUAGGAAAACCGCUAAGGUUAAAAAAAAUAAUUCUUGUAGCAAAUUCAUGUGACAGGGCAUAAAUGUUUCCUCCCACAGUUUUUGGUUUUAGGUCAAAAAAUUAUCGAUAGAUGUGGCUGAAAGUCCCUUUUAUUGUUUUUCCAGCAUACAAAUAAUCAAAAUACACAGCCUCAGAAGGGUUUACUCUUUUGACUUUAAAAGAAGUGUUUUGUGACUGGACGGACAGUAGAGAACUGAACAGCAGACUCUGUAGGAAAAUUCCAAUCAUUUAUUGAAAUAUGUGAAAAAAUUGUGAUGUAAUCUUCAAUUAUUUCUUUUUUUUACGUGAUCCUGUCUGCAUCACCAUCUGUCAACAAAUUUCUUGACUAUAGCCAAAAGCUCUAAGUGGAAAAACGUAUGCUCUGUCACUGAAUUUGUUGCAAGAAUUGCUUUUUUUUUUAUCUUAAUCAUUUUCCCUUUAUGCAUUUCUGAAAAUCAUCAUUCUAUUUCAGGACACCUGUAUGUGUUUCUUGGCUGAGAGUAUAUCAUUUUAAUAUUUUCAAACUCUAGACGAAAAUAUUUCAAUAUUUAAUAGAUUUUAAGACAAACCUCAAAGAAAGUCCAUGAACAUCAUCCCUAUAACUGUAUUCUUACAGUAACCCCAUUUCUAAUAUGCAGUAAAGUAUAGUAAACAUCCAAUACGAAUCUUCCAAGAAUUUCUCUUCCAUCAAGGUACUUGUUUUCCUUAUUCGGAGAGAGCAAUUAUAUGAAGCUUCAUCUAGAAUCACUUUUUGUAUUGAAUCUUAGCUCUUUAAUGAAGAUACAUGGCCAUAGUCAUGCCGUGUCCAAGAAUGAUGUUAUUACACUGGUGUGCAAAACUUAAGCAACAGGUGCUUUUUUGCCAUAACUCCGCGAGAAAUCAUCCGAGAGACAUGAAAUUCAGAAAUGAGAGACAACAUUUUGUACUUAAACAAUGACAAAAGUAUAGUUCUGCAAAAAUGAAUACAAUGCAUAUAGUAUGGAAUCAAAUAAAAAAAAGUUUUAUUGAAUUCAUAGUAUCUCCACACUUUAUUGUCUGUUCAAGAGAAAGAACAAUAAACAGAUGUUCCUUAGUAUGGGAUAUGCCCUUCCCUUAUUGCAAUGGUUGUUUCGCACCGUCUGUCCAUACUCAGCACCAGACGGUACAACAGUUUUUGAGGUAAGAAGGCACAUUCUUCAAUCAGCAUCUGUUUCAGUAGUUGGGCGUUUCCCGGAGGAUGUAAUCGUGCCGCAAAGUGUCUCCCCGAUGCAUCCCACACAUGUUCUAUCGGAUUUAAAUCGGGAGAUAAUGCUGGCCAAUCCCUUCUAGUGAUAUCUUCACUUUCCAGUAGCUGAUGAACAUCAUCAAUUAUGUGUGGUCGUGCACUGUCGUCCAUAAAAACGAAGUCGGGUCCAGUAGCACCUCCGAACAGACGCAUAUUAGGAUGGAUCACCUCCUUACAAUAGCGAUCUCCGAUUCCACAAACUCGAGGAGCUUAGUCCACCCAUUCAGCAUAAAUUCCUCCCCGACGACAACUCCAGGACCACCGUAGCAGUCUCUUUCCGUGAUGUUACUGGGAUGAAACCGUGUCCCGACCUCUCUCUAAAUCAAAUGGCGUUGAGAAUCGCUUGGGGCACUGAAAAGACUCUAAUCUGUAAAGAGGACACGACUCCAUUGAUGAGAUGUCCUGUUUUCGUGCUCCUUACACUACUCUAAACUGUACUACCGAUGGCCAAUUUUCGAGGGAUUCAGCGUUCAGGACGGAGGUCGAAUUGGCCACCUUACGUCUGGCCUCAGUAAACCGCGAUAAUUGUUGCCUUGUUGCUGUGCACAAUUGCUGAGCAGCGGCGCUUUCUGACUGAUAUCUAGCUAUUUUCGCCUAUAAGACGAUUUAUCGGUUAUCCACUGCAGUUGUUUUCCUAGGGCGGCCACCACCAACCUUUCUAAGAACUAUACCUAUGGUUUGGAAAGCUUCCCAAGCGAGCGAAAUGACACUUUUGUUGAUUCCGAACUUUUCAACUACACUGGUCAAACUGCGCCCCUCCUCCAGCUUUCCGAUCAUUCUUCCACGUGUGAAGACAUCCAGAUGAUUUCUUCUAGAUAUAUUUCACAAUAGAACUCAGUUGCACUUGUAGCGAAUGUCUUUAAUUGCACUUCCGUUCUUCCUUUCCUUGUAGUCUUGAGCUGCGCGCACCGACUGUACGCGUUUUGCGUUCACUCACGUCGCCUAUGAUGUUUUGCUCCUGACAUUUGCAUACGCAUCACCUUUCUAUUGAAUUGAGUGCUAACUGCACUGAUCGCAAUAACCCCUUUUCUGCAAUUUCAUGGCUACGUGCUUAAAAUUUACAUUAUUACUUAAGUUUUAUACACCAGUGUAUAUCCAUAAAGGCUAAAUAUCUUUUGUGAUGAAUUCAUGGAGAAGCCGCGAUCAGUCAAUCGUAAAUUACCUUCUUUGGUCGACCAAAAAUAAUUUGUGUGGAAAUUUCUAUUUCAGUCAUAUUAAAGUCAAUUCAGUCAAUCUCUAAGACAAUUCAAGUACCAUUAUGCUUCUGUGGCAUCAUAAAUUUAAACAAUACACACAUUUCUUUGUAUAUGCUAUACCUCUUAGCGAUUUUGGUGAAUUUUCCAUCGAAGGUACUGGUGAUAGAUAUGAGUUCUGUAAGCUGUAUACCAGCAUUAAAAACACCUCUAAUGAUCGAAUAAAAUCCCCUUGAUAUUGGUCAAUUUGAAACAAAUCCAUAACCGCACUCAAUCGUUUAAUAUUUCUGUAACUAAUUUCAACUAUAAUAGAUAUAAAUUAUUAUUUUCCUUGAAAUAAACACCGGAAAUCAAAGAUCCGUAUUCCGGUUCAAUUCGUAUAUCUAAAAAUAUUUACUUCUUUUAUUUUGUUAUGAAGUGUUCUUAGUAUUUGAUGCAAAUAUUAUACCAAAUAAGCUUACUUUUUUUGAAGCGUUAGAAGUUCCACGUUUGUAAUUGAGACUUCAGCAUGUAUUCAAUUAGAUUUCAUGCGUUAAUAUGUAUGAAUCUAAAUUUCAUUUCAUAGUUUUUGAAACUCAAGAUUACGCAAAUUAAUACCUCGUUGCGUAAUUUUUACAGGAGUAUCGAAAAUCCCUUUAUUCCAAAUUAUUCAUUUAUUAUAUUUUCUUAUAGAAACUGUUGAAAAACCACAUCAUUUCAUCAUACAGUGGAAUUGAUAGAUUUAACAUUUUAGUACGUAAUUCAAAAUAUUUAUCUAAUCAUGUUCAAAGAUUAGAGAAGGUUAAAUAAUAAAAUUAUUUGAAAUUAUUUCAUUUUUUCAGAAAAACAAUUUUUCAUUUUCUUAUUUUAAUCAUUAUUUUAUUUGUUUAUGAAUCUACUUUUUGAGAUAAGGUAGAAUUUUUGAAAAUUAAUUUAGUUGUUACUGCCAUUAUUCUAUCAUAUUUUUAUACAUUUUUUAAAGCAUGUUUUAUAAAUCGUUAA